UCGGCGGGCACGCCCCCCCGCCCGCGGUCCCCUCCCCGCUUCUCUCCGCCGCUCCUCUCGCUCCUGGGUCAGAGGGCCCGAGCGAGAAGAUGGCGAAGACGUACGAUUAUCUGUUCAAGCUGCUGCUGAUCGGCGACUCGGGGGUGGGCAAGACCUGCCUCCUUUUCCGCUUCUCCGAGGACGCCUUCAACACCACCUUCAUCUCCACCAUCGGAAUUGAUUUUAAAAUCAGAACGAUAGAACUAGAUGGAAAGAAAAUUAAGCUUCAGAUAUGGGACACAGCAGGUCAGGAAAGAUUUCGAACCAUCACGACAGCAUAUUAUAGAGGAGCCAUGGGAAUUAUGCUGGUCUAUGACAUCACAAAUGAAAAGUCCUUUGACAAUAUUAAAAAUUGGAUAAGAAACAUUGAAGAGCAUGCCUCUUCAGAUGUUGAAAGAAUGAUCUUGGGUAACAAAUGUGAUAUGAAUGACAAAAGACAAGUGUCAAAAGAAAGAGGGGAGAAGUUAGCAAUUGACUAUGGAAUUAAAUUCUUGGAGACAAGUGCAAAAUCCAGUACAAAUGUAGAAGAGGCAUUUUUUACUCUUGCACGAGAUAUAAUGACAAAACUCAACAGAAAAAUGAAUGACAGCAAUUCAUCAGGGGCAGGUGGACCAGUGAAAAUAACAGAAAACCGAUCAAAGAAGACCAGUUUCUUUCGUUGUUCGCUACUUUGAUGAACUUUUUCUGAGAGACUGCAGCACAUCUAGAGGACCCUUUCCUGCUUCUCUGAAAGCACAGGUCACCCAGCCUCAGAAUCACACCACCAGGCUGCUGCUGAGAGCACCACUGAACCUAGACCUCUCGACACAGAAUGCCAAGUGGAUUCCAGCCUCAUGGCCUGUCAAGAUAACAGGCUUCUUUUUCAAACAUGGAAGCAAUGAAAUGGAGACACAUGCAAGACUUGUUUUUUCUUUGUUUUAUUGCCUGUUGCAGAAGCUGCUAUCUUUCUUUUUCACUUUGCACAUCAGUGUUAGCCUUUUCCUGUUAUAGCACAAUCUUAGACUCAUAUUUGCACACUUUUGUCUCGUGAAGUUCUAGACAAAUUUGUGCUUUUGAGGAUGUUUAAAAAAAGAGUAAAACACUUUAGAGCAGAGGUUAAUAUACUAAAAUUAAAAGACAUUUGGUCUGGUUCAUAUACCCAGAUGUUAUUGCAUUGAUAGCACUUAUUUAAGGGCUCUGAUUUGUGACUUUCUUAAAUAAGAAUCAUUCAAUUCUGAUAAAAUUUAUCUUAAAAAUUUAUGAAAAUGUCCAUCUAUUCAUCAGAGGCUACAAUUUCUUUAUUUCUUCAAAUUGGUUAGAGCUUUGCUUCAUUCCUGACCUUUUUGCCAGAGAGCCUGGGUAGGUGAAUAAAUCACAUCUCAAUUGAUUCCCUCUGCCUAAUCUGUGGAAACUGCAUUUGAAGUCACCUUAAUGUCACUUUUCCUAGGGUUCGUAUUUGCUGUUUUCUCCUCUGUUUGGCCUAUUGUAAUCAUUUAGUUACCUAAAACAUAACAUAUUUCAACGUUGUUGUCUGUUUCUGGUUGUGAACUUCCUGAGCUAAAAUUUUACAUAGGCAGAGAGAUGUAUCAUUUAGGGUUUUAUUUCAGCAUCUAAUUGUGGUUCUGUCAUAUUAGCAUAUGUAAUACAAUUUUUCUUAAAUUCAUUCCUUAGCUUUUUGGUUUAGUUGUAAUACUUGUCAAUUCUUACAUAAUCCCAUCUUCAAGAGUUAACAAGAGUUAGAUUUAGAUUUCCAUUCACAGGAAGCUUACCUAUAGGGAGAGAAUAACUUGUUAAUAUAAAUUGAGUAGAGAUGGCUCUUGAUAAUGGUGAAAAUAAAGAGUUUUGCUCUUUUAUUUGGCCUUUUUUUAAAAAAAUAAAAGUAAUUAGACCUACUGCAGCCUCUAGGAAAAGUCUUGCCUUUUAGUAGAGAAAAUAUGAGCAAGGUUUCAGUUUUAAAACAGCUAUUGUUGAAUGUGUAGAACCCAUUUCCACUUGUUCCAAGUUUAUUGUCAGAGAACUUGGUCUAGUCAUUUGGGCCAAAACCAAUCAAUAGUUUAGCUGCCUUUCUCACCAAACACUGGUACUGGCAUACCUUUUGUAAAUUAAACCAUAGAAAAAAAGGUAUUUAGUGUUAACUUCUGUGCCAAAUUCAGAUCAUUAUGUCAUUACUGUUAUUCUGGCCUUCGGUGUCAUAACAUAGAAGGAAUUAAUAAAGAGGUGAUUAUUAAUUACGAGGAAAAUGAGUUCUGUUAAUAAUUAUUCUUCCUGUUAGGUUUGUUUUGUUUCACAAAGGUUACCAUCAGUUAGGGAUGGAGAUGAAAGUAGAAAUGGAUUGCUUGUUACCACAGAGAAUUCUGCUUCAAAUUAAGACGUAUCAUUAGAAUGCUUGGACCAGUCAACCUUUACUACUUAUUUGAAAACUUAUGCACAGUUUAGCUGCAGGAAAUAUCUCAGAGCUAUUUUUGAUGGAUGCACUAAAUUUAUUGUUAACAAAUUUCAGCCUCCUUGAUUUUUUUUUUUGUACUUAAAGGUACAAAGGUUGAUGUCCCAGUAUAAUCAAGUGGUUCAAGUGAUUGAAAGUUGAGUGUAGGUCUACCAUCUUAAAAUUAUAUACAUUUUUGGAAAGAAAAAAUAAUUUCUUAGAAACAUCUUGAAUUCACUAAUUUUCUGAAAAAUCCAAGUAGUUAAGCUUUCUGGAUGGUAACAAAGUCAUUUCUAAAAGGCAAGUGCUAUGACACCAUGUAUGAAUGUAAUUCUCUUAGUAAUUUACCUCUGACUAUUUGGUGUCUUAACACUUUGGUUUAUAUCUCAGGGGUUGUCUGCAAACCAAAACUGACAUGUUCUAUGGUUAGCCUUUUUUUUUUUUUUAAAUAGAAUGCUUUGCUUUCUUUUUAUUCUUUCUCUCUUUUUUUGUCUUAUAUGGAUUAGUAACUAGUCUCCAUGAACUUCCCUUUGAAAGAGCCUAUAAAAGUUAGAUGAGUCUAAAAUUGCUCUUUGAAGUAGCAGCAAGUUGGGGGUAUGUACUCUGUUAUAUAGAAAUAAAUUGUCCUUGCUAUUUUCUUACAUUUAGUCUUGCUAAAUUGUAUAUAAUUUGAGCUAAGACCAUAGGAAAUUCACUUUCUGCAUGGUAAAAUGACCCAAUAAAUAUUCCACCUUGCUUAAUAAUGUA